AUGAAAUUAUAUGAACAGGCAGGAGGUAAUGCAUCUGCAAUCAAAGAAUAUGAUUUGGUAAAAAGGCAGUCAGAGGGAAUAAGUAUAUUUCUAACUGUGCUUCUGUCUUUAAUCGUCCUGCUCAUAGUUUUAGGUAACAGUGUUGUGAUAUUGGCUUUCAUUGUGGACAAGAGACUCUGGAAUCGCAGUAACUUCUUUCUCCUAAAUCUUUCCAUUUGUGAUUUUUUAGUAGGAGCCAUCUCUAUUUCCAUGUAUAUACCUUAUAAGUUCAUGGGGAAAUGGAUGCUUGGAAAGUUUCUCUGCAAGCUGUGGAUAACAGUUGACUACACUGCAACAACUGCUUCUGCCUACAACGUUGUUCUUAUCAGUUAUGACAGAUUUCUUUCUGUCAACAAAGCAGUUCUACAUCGCUCUCUACAAAAAAGACACAGUCAGACAGUACUCAAUAUAGCCCUCGUUUGGAUAUUUUCUUUUAUUAUCUAUGGACCAGCAGUUCUUCUGUGGGAGAACAUUACCGGUACUAAUAACCUUCCAGAGGACAGCUGUCGUGCUGGGUUUCUUGAAACAUGGUAUUUUAUUCUUGGUGCAUCAACUUUAGAUUUCAUCUUUCCGCUUCUCAGCAUUUCAUUUUUCAAUUUAAGAAUCUACCUAGAAAUUAUAAAACGCAGCAUAAAGAGACAAAAUUGUUCUAUAUCUAGAUCUUCUAAACAAAAUGCAAAAGAUAUAACGCCCUUUACCAUUUUUACCACAAACAAUUCUGUUCCUUCAUCAAUACAGACAAAUGAGAUAGGGGACAAUAACUCAGUUCCAUGCAUGGAUCUUAAGAUCACAUCAAACUCUCCCCAGACCCCUGAAAGUUAUAACACACAUAAUAAUAGCACUAAACAUUCCCAGGACAAAAAGGCUGCAAAAUCUCUUGCAAUUUUGGUCUCUGUUUUCAUUCUUUGCUGGACUCCUUAUUCAUUUACCGUGUGUAUUCGUGCUGUUUGUGAUGGACAUUGUGCUGAUAUUUUCUAUAUAGAAACGACAGUUUGGUUUCUAUGGACUAACUCAGCAAUUAACCCUAUUCUUUACCCUGUGUGUCACAGAAGUUUUAGAAAGGCUUUUAAAUUGCUAUUAGAACGGUUUAUGAAAUUCUUCUUAUAG